GAGCAACGGGUUCUAUUGGCCAAUCUAAUUUGGUGGAUUCUUCCCUCUACCCCAGCUCCACUGUAUCUCGCCCCAUAUUAAUCACGUGCUCUCUCCUCCCGCCGUCCGUCUCUAAUCCAGUCAUUGUGAACCCCAAAUUCAGAUCUCUCAUCACUCGCCACGUCGGGACACUCCUCGUCUCUCUCUCUCUCUCUAUCACGCGCACGCUCACUCUCCCCCAGAGCUGAGUCUCAGCUUACUAAAAAUAUCUCCCUCUCGCAACAGGACAGUCAUUAUGAAGAUUGGCACAACAAUGUGUUGUAAUGGCAGAAAAGUGCCUUGGUUUUCAUGGAGUUUGCAAAUGCUAGAUUGGAAAAGUAUACAGAAACUUCAUUACAAUGUGAUUGCCUGCAAUGUCAAGAUGAGCCACCCAAGGUUGUCUUAUCUGCAUCCGGGUUCUGCAACCAAGAAAUGGAUGAGCCGUGAAUUCUGGAGAACGUCUACCAUGCCAAUUGAUUUGGGGGAUUCUUCAUCGAUACAAACUGAAGAUGAAGAGAAUGGAUCUACUGGUUCAUCAGAGGACCUUCUUGCUCAACCAUUGAGCAGUGAUGAUUUGAAGGCACUGCUAGCAGAUUCUGAAAGAGAAAAGCUCAUGAAAAAACUAAGUGAAGCCAAUCAACAUAAUAGGUUCCUUAAAAGACAGGAUAUUUUACAUUAUGAUACAUGCUUGAAAACUGAUGACAUCUUAUUUUUGUUCGCUUCUCCACAGCUGCAUGUAAAAGAAGAUGAACUGGUUAACUGGAAAAAUGAACUGGCUGUAAUGGAACUUGAAAUUCAGGCUUUAGUUAAGCUGGCAGAAGAAAUAGCUCAAUCUGACAUUCCAGAAGGUUCAAGAAAGAUAAAUGGGAAAUACAUUCAAUCUCACCUCCUUUCACGUUUAGAAGCUGUCCAUGAAAGAUUGGAGGAACAAAUAAAGGACAUUGAUGCUGUACAAUCCAAGGAGGUUCACUUAUUCUGGUGUGGCAUGGCAGAGAGUGUACAAGUAAUGGGCUCCUUUGACGGUUGGAGUCUAGGGGAGCACUUAUCACCGGAGUAUGAUGGUUCAUUUACCAAGUUUACCACAACAUUAAUGCUUAGACCUGGAAGGUAUGAGAUCAAGUUCUUGGUAGAUGGAGAGUGGCAACUGUCUCCAGAAUAUCCUACGGUUGGCGAGGGACUAACCGAAAAUAACUUGUUAGUUGUUGGGUGAGUAGGCGUCUGCAGGUCUCAGUUCCCAGUGUAAGCUGCAUUUCUCUUGAUGGAUCUCUAGUAGGCUAGAGCUUAUCAUACGUUUUUAUACUAAAUGUAUGCAUGUGAAUUGUAAAUGCUUGGUAUGUAUUAUGAGUAGAUAUGAAGAACGUUUGUUGGUUUGGACGAUCAGAUUCACUUGUUUUAUGUGGCAUCAACUCUUUACCUUCAAUGAAGGUGACAUCAUUAUA